UCGUCUUCAAGAGAAUUUGUCGUUCACUAAAAAGUUUUAAGUGUUUUAAAAUGAGCAUUUCAAAAGGACUUUUAUUAUUUUGUGUUGUGUUACUCGGGGUAUUAUUAAAUGGACUGACAGCAAGUGAUGAAAACAAAUUGGAUAUGAAAAAGUCAAUUGAAAAUUGUGAAAAGGAAUUAAGUUCAACAUGUUUGAAAUUGGAAUUUUUAAAAGUUCUUGAAAAAUUAACAGAACGAAAUGAAAUAAAUAUUAUGCCGGGAUUAAGUAUAAUAAGGGAUACAAAUGUUACAAUACCGAAAAAUAACGAAUUGAUUGCUGAAAUUGCCCGAUCUUUUCCAAACGAUCCUGACCAACGUUUGAAUAUUUUUAUUAUGAACAAAAUUAAAAACUUUCUUGAAUCCCGUUUGCUGCGACUAAAAUUGCUACUAUCGGAUGAGCCAUCAAUAGAAGAUACUUCAGUAACAAAUGGACGAACCGAUAGAUAUUACAAGAAAAGUGGAAUGGAGACCCUAGUUGCUACUGGUUUAAUGAUGAAAGGAACCUUACUGGCCAUGGGAAUGGGAACUAUUGCACUUAUAGCUGGUAAAGCUCUUAUGACAGGUUUAAUGGCAUUAACAAUGACAAGUGUUAUUGGAUUGAAGUCUUUUACAUCACCGGGUAAAUCAGCUGUUUAUGAAAUUAUCGCCAAACCUGUUUACACACCAUACCAUUCACAUUCUGUAGGUCAUGAUAAUCAUCAUCAUCAUCAUGGUGGUCAUCAUGGAGGUCAUCAUGGUGGUCAUCACAGCGGUUGGGGGGGCAGUGGUUGGGGUGCUUGGGGUGGUUGGGGUAGAUCGUCAAAUGUUGAUUUACCAACAAAUUUGAAAGCACCCUCAUUAUAG